AUCUUUACAGAGAUUUUUCUUCCGCUUUGUUUACAGAUGGCGACUGUUGCUCCUCGUCGAUUUACAAAUUUCAAAUAACUUUUCUGCUUAAUCUGUUAAUGUAAGAAUUGACUGUAGUGUGAUACAAAACAAGUUUAAUAUUGGGGAUAAAAUGAAGAUUUUGUUGUAAAAUGGCAACACAUUUCAUCUGUCAAGCAACAGAACCUCUCCCUCACAGAUUUCCUUCAGCAAGGGCCCCUGAGAAAGGUCAUGGAGCUGUUUCACAGUAUGAACUAUUAAAUCUUAGUGACAAGGCACACUGUCGUUUCCCUCCCCCAGGAUGGGAUACAUCUGAGAGUUCAGAAGAUUCCUUACCCCUAUACAGAGUUCCUGCCCCAUCGUGGAAAACAGCUGCCAAUUUGAUUGGACCAGAUCCAGAUCUUUGUAUAACUCCUGAAAAAUCAUCAGCAGGAAAAUUUAAUAAUGUACAAGGUAGACAGUUAAAUGCCCCUGUGCCAACCAAAGUUAACAGAGACACUUUAAUUGACCCUGAUCUGGACUUGACCUUGACCCCAGAAAAAGCCUUAGAAACCAAUGAUAAAGAACAUAAAAGUAAUUUAAGAAAUGGGGUUUGUGAAGAUGGAAAGUUCAAGGGUCAGCAUAGGGUAAGAUUUGAAUUGGACGACUCCAAAGGAUCAAGUGAGGGUGGUAAUGAGGAAUCUUCGUUUCUGUUUCCAAGAUGUCGUCCAGGAAAACAAUACAAACCAGCAUCGUAUAGUGAUGAUAAUGCUAAGGAUCUGAUUGAUUCCACUUCUAAUAGUGAGAACAAAUCUAAAAACAAACCAACUCAAUAUACAGUAAAUAAGGUGAAUAAUAAAACUGUUUAUGUUCCUCUGCAUGGCAGUGACCAAUCAAAGGAAAUGAAAUUAGCCGAUCAUUUUGACCAAAAAUCGACGAAUCAGGAUCAGACAGAUACUAUUAGUAAACAUGAACAAAUUUCUGUGUUACCUGAAGUUAUAUACAAUGAACAAACUGACACAAGACCUGUCUGCCAUAUACAAAAUCAUAAAACUCAGGGAACCAGAUCAAAACAUAAAGACAUUAAGAAACCAGAUUCUUCUUCCAACUCUGAAAAAGAUCAGGUAUUUAUAAAAGGUCAAGGAGAUUCUGCCCCAAAACGCAAAGUUAAAGUAAAAAGAGAGACAGCAGGACAGCCUCCUUUAUCAGACUAUAAUUAUCCAUUUUCGGAUGGUAUGCCAGACACCUCGGAAUAUGAACACGUGUUUAAAAGGCCUGAGUACAAUAGUACUCUAAGGAUGCGAACAGAACUACAGCAGAUUAAAGACAGUGAAAUUGAUGUAGCAAAAGCUUUAGAGAAGAAAUUACAACUGUCAGAUACUAAGAAAACAGAAAUAACAGAAAAGGCUACAUCAAAAUUGAACACAAAAGACAGUAUGUUUAGUGGAUUGGUGAGCCUGGAGAUUCCUGUGGAGGACUUAUGUAAUCAAGUAGAGCAGAGUAAAUCUAACAAAGUAUCAAGUAAAACAAGUAGACCCAAAUCUCAGACAAUUAGACAUUCCAAUGAACCAGAUUUGAUGGAAUUCUUCACUGCAGAGUUACAAAAAGAACAAGGAGAGUUUUCACUUCCUGGUUUAUCAGCUCCAUCCGAAUCAUUAUCUACAGCUAGUCAUUUUAGAGCUUUUGAUUUAUACCGUCACAACAGAGUCUGGGACAAUAAUAGCUACUUCAGUGUAAAGAAAAAGUGAUAUAAACCAUUUUUAGAGGGAUUUAUAAUAAUUUUUUGUACAAGAUAGUGGACAUUUUAAAUGAUGUUUAGAAUUUACUGUUAGUUCACUAAUUCUUAUAAAGAUUUAAAAGUGGAGUUCUCUGUCAGAGGUUUAAGGGAGCAAAAAAUCCAACAUCCAUUGAAUCCUUUCAUCAGAUAUCCCCUGAAGAUAAUGAAGAUAUUCCAUAUCAUUAAAUUUAAAAGUAUCCUGAAAAGAAAUCCCCCAUUUUCCAAACUUAAAAUGAAAAUAUAUUCUGUACCCCAAAAAUCCUAACAAGGCUUUCAGAUGGUUAUGGUUAAAUUUUAAAAGUCUUAAUAGAAAUUAGUGUAUUUUUCUUUAACAAAUGUUUUUUGCUUGAAAGUUUGAAAACAAAAGUUCUUUGACAAACUCAACAAAUUUCUAUUUUUGAAGAAAAUAAAAGGUACAGUAAUAUUCCCAAUCAGAAUUUAUAUGUACAUGUGUAUGAAAGAAAAGGUUGGUUCUAUUUAUGGAAAAUGAUUUAUCUUUUCUUGGAAAAUUCAGUUUAAAUUUUGCACUAAAGUGCAUCAAAACAGAUCUCCUGAAAUCUAAAUUGAUAAUUUCACAUGACUGUUAAUCCAACAAUUGUAAAUGCAAAAAAAAUAAUUAAAAGUAAACAAUUACAAAAUUUCUACUUUUUCUUCAGAGUUUUAAUUUUGGGCAUAUAUUUAGUUAGCUUUUAAAAGUUACCAAAUGUUUAUAAAAAGCAGCAAAGUAACCAUUUAGAAAAAAAUUGUCAAGAAUGUUCAGUUCAGGUAAAAGGUUUAUUAGCUUCAAGUUUCAUAUAUGUAUAGUGUAGAUUGAAGCUACAUGUAAUCGUAGAAUGAAAAUAUAAAAUGUAUAUACAGUUUAAAAUAUGUUUUGUAGAAAAUAUUAAAAUUUCAAAUACCA